AUGGCCACGCCCCUCCUUAUCUCCUACCCCUCCAACCCCACCUCCGGACUCUCGCUCAAGCAGAUUGCCUACUUCGGCCGCGUGCUGGUGAAGGUCGCGAAUCUGCAAGAGGCCGAGCAGUUCCUGCGCCAAAACUUCCGCAACCUCGAUGUCUACGUUGAGGCGACUGCCGUCUCCUCGGCCGGAGACCUCGUCGACAUUCUGAACGCCGGUGCCGCCAAGAUCCUCAUCACCCUCGACCAAUUGACUGCUCUUUCCCAGGAACAAUCGGUUCCUUCCUCUCGACUGCUCGUUUAUGCCUUGGCAGACAACCAGCUGGACGCUUUGCAACAGUGGGUCGCCGCCAAUGCCUCCGAACGCAACGAUGUCGGUGUCUGCACCAGCCCCGCCAAUGUCUCCACCGCCGCCACAAAAUUGAACAUCAGCUCGGACUCACCGCGUCUGUUCGCAACCUACGGAGACGAGACUGCGUCGGAGGAAUCUGUGAUCCAGGUCACGCAGCAGGGCGCAAUUGCCAUUGUUCCCUCUCAGACCUUGACUGUCGAGCGGGAUGCUGCGGGUCAAAUAUCUGCUGCGAAGUUGAUAGCUGCGCGGGCUGUUACCGACCAGGCCAAUGGUCUGUAUGCUACAUCCGUUACCGAUGAACGGGGGUCAUGCCUGGGUAUGGUCUGGAGCAACGACGAGAGCAUUGCCGAGGCUCUUCGCACCGGAACCGGUGUCUACCAGAGCCGCAAGCGCGGUCUGUGGUACAAGGGCCAGUCGAGCGGUGAUGUGCAGGAGUUGAUCCGCAUCGGGUUCGACUGUGACGCCGACUGCCUGGUGUUUGUUGUAAAGCAGAUUGGUCGUGGCUUCUGCCACCUCGGUACCGAGACUUGCUUCGGAGCUGCCGCUGGUCUGUCUCGUCUUCAGAAGACCCUCUCGGCCCGCAAGGCGGACGCCCCCGCUGGAUCGUAUACCGCUCGUCUCUUCAACGAGCCCAAGCUCGUGGAGGCCAAGGUGAUGGAGGAGGCCGAGGAGCUAUGCCGUGCUACCACCAAGGAGGAGAUCGCCUUCGAGGCUGCCGACCUCUUCUACUUUGCGCUUACCAAGUGUACCGCUGCUGGUGUCACUCUGGAGGACAUUGAGCGCAACCUCGACCUCAAAAGUUUGAAGGUGAAGCGGAGAAAGGGCGAUGCCAAGGGCCCUUGGGCUGAAAAGGCUGGUCUGACUGCUCCUCAGUCGAAGCCGGCUCCUGCCCCUGCCCCAGUUCCUGCGCCGGAGGAGGAUCGUACCACGCGUAUUGAAAUGAAGCGUGUGAUUACAGCUUCAGCAACUGCCAAGGAGGUCAGCGACUUCCUCAAGCGUCCUUCCCAGAAGUCCAACGACGCCAUUGUCGGUCUGGUCAAGCCUAUUAUUCAGGAUGUCCGCGAGAACGGUGAUGCUGGUGUGCUCAAGUACACCCACAAGUUUGAGAAGGCCACAUCACUGACCUCCCCGGUCAUCCACGCUCCUUUCCCCGCUGAGCUCAUGAAAUUAGGGGGUAGCAACGACGCCCUCAAGAUGGAAACCAUGCCCGGUGUGGUCUGCUCUCGUUUCUCGCGUGCCAUUGAACGUGUCGGUCUGUACAUUCCUGGUGGUACUGCCGUACUUCCCUCCACGGCUAUGAUGCUGGGUGUUCCUGCUAUGGUGGCCGGCUGCCAGAAGAUUGUUCUUGCUUCGCCUCCUCGCUCGGAUGGCAGCAUCUCCCCGGAGAUCGUCUACGUUGCGCAUAAGGUCGGUGCCGAGAGCAUUGUGCUCGCCGGUGGUGCCCAAGCUGUGGCUGCUAUGGCCUACGGUACCGAGAGCAUCAGCAAGGUGGACAAGAUUCUUGGACCCGGUAACCAAUUCGUGACUGCGGCCAAGAUGCUCGUGUCUAACGACACCUCCGCUGGUGUGAGCAUUGACAUGCCUGCUGGUCCCAGUGAGGUUCUAGUGAUUGCCGACAAGUCUGCCAACCCGGCCUUUGUCGCCUCCGACUUGCUAAGCCAGGCCGAGCACGGUGUUGACUCGCAGGUGAUUCUCAUUGCCGUUGACCUGAACGAGAAGCAACUGCGCGCCAUCGAGGACGAGGUGGACGCUCAGGCCAAGGCCCUCCCCCGUAUGGACAUUGUCCGCGGCUCCCUGGCUCACUCCGUUACCUUCGUGGUGCGGGACAUCAACGAGGCAAUGACCCUCAGCAACAACUACGCCCCCGAGCACUUGAUUCUCCAGGUUGACGGAGCCGAGGCUGUGGUUGAGCAGGUCCAGAAUGCCGGCAGUGUCUUCAUUGGACCCUGGACCCCCGAGAGCGUCGGUGACUACUCGGCUGGUGUCAACCACUCUCUGCCUACUUACGGCUACGCCAAGCAAUAUUCUGGUGUCAACCUGGGAUCAUUCCUGAAACACAUCACCAGCUCAAGUUUGACUGCCGACGGUCUGCUCGGUCUUUCGAAGACUGUCGAGACCCUGGCCGCGGUGGAAGGCCUCGAGGCUCACAAGCGGGCUGUCAGCAUUCGUGUUGCACAGAUGAAGAAGAACAGCUCGUAA